AUGUCCAGGCCUAAUGCAGCAACGCAGCAAUCCUUGGUUACCCGAGCACUGAAAGCUGAACAGGAUGUCUCCGACGCAUCGUCUCAGCCUCAGGCUCUGGAGGCUGCUAUAGAUGCCGCGGAACACUACAUGAAGGCUUUGACCUUGACAACAGCUCCCAAAGAUAGGAAUUUGUUGGAUGCAAAAUGCAAGGAAUGGCUUACACGUGCAGAGAAGAUCAAAGAGGCUGAAGACUGGCGAUCCGCCGCUCGAUUUCGGGAUAAACGCUCUGUGGCUCGUACUCCUUUCUCGACGCGGAAUCUCACAACUCGCGAGGAAAUCAUCCUCUUAGAGGGCGCAAAGUUGAAUGGCUUCAUAUUCCCUCCGUGGAAGGUUCAAUAUCCCUUUGUCUGCUACGAUAAACCUGAACUUCAUUUGUCUUAUUUACAGAGAGACAUAUUCGCUGGUUGGAAACGGCCGCUUGAGUUGCUCUCGGAGCAAGUAGAUGCCGAGGAAACGCAGCUUGCUCCAGUGAUGUUUGUUACUGGCAAGACAGACCUAGUGCAGGACCUCUUGACAGAUUGCUCUGUAGUGGCUAGUCUCUGUGCGACCACGUCGAGGUCGGAACGCGGCCUUGAUGAGGACCUGCUUCCCGUCGUAUAUCCCUGCAUAUACAAUCCAACGAAGCGUUUUCUUUCGCCCUCCGGCAAGUAUAUAUUCCGCUUCUACUUCAACGGGUGUUUUCGCAAGGUGAUUAUCGAUGACCGUUUACCUUCGUCGAAAACCUCACGCUCUCUGUACGUGAUAGAUCGGAAUCACGGUAACUUUCUAUGGCCUGCUUUAGUCGAAAAGGCAUACUUGAAACUCCGUGGAGGUUAUGAUUUUCCUGGAAGUAAUUCUGGGACAGACCUCUGGGUGCUGACGGGCUGGAUUCCCGAGCAAGUCUUCCUCCACAACGAUGAAGUGACUGCCGACCAGAUUUGGUCCAGCCUUUUCAAAUCGUUUCACAAAGGGGAUGUCCUGUUGACGAUCGGAACUGGGAAGCUCACAGAGAGGGAGCAGAAAGAGCUGGGCCUUGUCAGUGAGCACGAUUAUGCUAUACUGGAUAUGAAGGAAUCUAAAGGGCGCCGCCAAAUACUUGUCAAGAACCCUUGGGCUGGGGCUGACACUGUAUAUCCAGCACUCUUCGCGGAACCUGAGCCAGCUAAUAACUUAGCUUCUCUCUCCCCUGGCUCGUUUUGGAUGGAUUGUGAAAAAGUUCUCCAAAACUUCGAGAACUUAUAUUUGAACUGGAACCCAGAGCUGUUUGCGUACCAGGAGGAUAUCCACUUUACAUGGGAUUUAUCGAGCGGCAAGGGAAUGGCCGGGUGUUUUGUCAAGAACCCACAAUUUGCUGUUUCUACUGAGCGUGGUGGUACUGUCUGGUUACUCCUAGGGAGACAUUUCAGAACGAUUGAAUCGCAUGCCUCAGAUGAGGACGACGAAGACCCAUUCGGAUUCAUAAGCAUAUAUGCAUUUAAAGGAGGCAAAAGAGUAUCACUCAGUGAUGGCGCGCUUCAUCGAGGCCCAUACGUCGACUCGCCGAACACUCUCAUGAGACUGGAUAUUCCUCCGGGAACAACCUAUACCGCUGUUGUAUCCGAAGAGUCAUUGCCUCCCAUAAGCCAAAACUUUACACUUUCUGCAUUCUCCAAGUCACCUGUGCAAAUAUCACACGCGCCCAACAAAUACAUGUGUGUGACCAAAAUUCAAAGCUCCUGGACACCGUCUACAGCUGGAGGAAAUGCAGAGUCGGCACGAUAUUCCCUGAACCCGCAGUUUAACAUAGAGCUCAUAGAUCCUACGGAUGUAUCAAUCGUGCUGGAGCCAUCAGACCCAGAGCAUGCUACCCACGUUAAGUUGUUUUGGUCAGACGGAAAACGCAUAGCUCGAGUUCGAAGUCGCGAUAUCGUUGCAGAUAGUGGUGAUUAUCGCCGCGGCGGCUCGCUAGCUGAAAAGAAGGGCCUGGACCCUGGAAAGUAUACAAUUGUCGCAUCUACUUUUGCUCCCGACCAACUUGGACCCUUCACAGUUUGGGUUUCGACGAACAUACCAUGCGAAGUGAGACAACUUCCUCCGGAAGCUGCUGGGCGCCGGGCGGUGUUGUCUGACAUCGGAAUUCUCCUACCGGGCCAGGACAGAAUGCUCGUGCCCUUGCAAACUCCUCGGCUGACUCGCAUCAAACUGAUUGCGAGGAGCAGGCAGUCCACAAUUGGGAACCGAGCUGUUGGCCCAUCGCCCGUGCUGAUGACCGUUGAGCUUGGCCAGGGCCCGUACAAGGAGAUCCUCGCCACAUCAGAGGAUGGAGACCAUAGCGACUCUAUAGCCGGAGUACGCGUGGAGGACUUUGAUCUACAGCCUGGUUUAGAGGAGAGAGGCGGGGUGUGGAUUGUCCUUGAGAGAAUCGGGGGACCCGGGGGCCAGGUGGAAGACCACUUUGAGGUGGAAGCGCUGGGGGAGGAGAGGGUAGAACUCGGAGAAUGGAUAGUUGAAGAUGCAUGA